AUGGUGACCCCCUCCCCCACCAGCCCCGUGAGCCCUGCUGCCCGGGGAGGGAGGCGGGACAACGACCAGAAUCUCCGCGCCCCAGUGAAGAAAAGCAGGUGCCCGCGCCUCCGGAGGAAGGAGCCGCUGCAGCCCCUGAACCCCUGCCCGCUGCCCGGAGACUCCGGCGUUUGCGACCUGUUCGAGUCCCCCAGUUCGGGCUCGGACGGCGCAGACAGCCCUGGGUCGUCAGUGGCGCGGGGCUGCAGCCCUCUGACCGGCCUUGCCCAGCCGUUGACGCCACUAGAUCUCCAGACCUUCCGAGACUACGGCCAGAGCUGCUACGCCUUCCGCAAGGCGCAGGAGAGCCACUUCCACCCGCGGGAGUCGCUGGCGCGGCAGCCGCAAGUGACCGCUGAAUCCCGCUGCAAACUGCUCAGCUGGUUGAUCCCAGUGCACCGCCAAUUUGGCCUCUCCUUCGAGUCGCUGUGCCUGACGGUGAACACUCUGGACCGCUUCCUCACCACCACGCCGGUGGCUGCAGACUGCUUCCAGCUGCUGGGAGUCACCUCUCUGCUCAUCGCUUGCAAACAGGUAGAGGUGCAUCCACCGCGCGUGAAACAGCUCCUAGCGUUGUGCUGCGGCGCCUUCUCCAGGCAGCAGCUCUGCAAUCUCGAGUGCAUCGUGCUGCAUAAACUGCACUUCAGCCUGGGAGCACCAACCAUCAGCUUCUUCCUGGAGCAUUUCACUCACACGCGCCUGGAGGCCGGCCAGGCUGAGGUCUCCGAAGCCCUGGAAGCACAAGUUCUGGCUCGGGCGGUGGCCGAGUUGAGUUUGGCGGACUAUGCCUUCACCAGUUACACCCCUUCCCUGCUGGCCAUCUGCUGCCUGGCGCUGGCUGACCGCAUGCUGCGGCUCCCGCGCCCCGUGGACCUGCACCUGGGCGAGCAUCCCGAGGAGGCGCUACAGGACUGCCUAGGCAAGCUGCAGAUGCUGGUGGCUAUAAACAGUACCUCCCUGACUCACAUGCUGCCCCUUCAGAUCUGCGAGAAGUGCAGCUUGUCUCCCAGCUUGCAAUAA